AUGGAUGGAGCUAGAAUGUUACAACGUGUUCCUUCUAUUAUUUAUAAUGCCGAUAAUCCAUCUACAUAUCAACCAAUGAUGACACCAACGGUUGGAAUCGUUCUACAAAAGAAUAAUAAUCCUGUACCUCUAAACUCAUCGAUGGUAACCGUACUUUUCAGAUACAUGACAAUUACAGAGCAAGACCAAUUUCCAAGAAAGAUUGAAAUAAUCAAGGGGGUCAAAUGUACAUUCUACGAUAAUCCCUUACCAAGCCAACCCGAUAAAAUUACUGUAUAUACAAACGAUGCAAUAUGUCCAGAAAAACCAGUGGAUGUCACCGUCAAGCGUAAAACCAUCUACAAUGCACCGCGAUUCAUUUUCGACUAUCAGUUUGGUGAUUUUUACACUCUUGGCGCAGCAAAUGCGAGAACCGUCGAUUUGGACCAGAAUUCAACGCUGUUGUUCAAAGCCUACAUUCGUUUGGAUGACUAUGAGAACAAUGAAUUCCGUCAGAGUCAGCCGUUCUUGAAUUUAAUUGGUUCGUGGGGUGCUCUCUGGACGUUCUUCUCACUGACAAUACUCAAUCUGAUAUCACUCUACAAUAAGAAGAAAUAUGAAAGAGAGUCACAACUCAACGAGAUGGUUCAGAACGUAAUGAAGAAUAACUCUCAUCAAACUGACAUCGAAAUGGAUGUACACAAUAAGCAUUUGCCAAAGAAUAUAUUGAAUUCCAGCAGCGCUGGCAGUCUAGAGCAUUUCGGUUGGAGUCCACAAAACAUGAGUAACUACAAUAACAGCUCAUUCACUUUGACAACCAGCAACGAUUUAAAUAUCUCAACUCCCAAUGGCACAAUUAAUUCACAUCACGCACCAAACACACAUCAUGCACCCAAUUCAAAUAUCACACAUAGAAUUGAACAUCAUAAUAAUAAUAAUAAUGUUAAUAUUAAUUAA